AUUUCCAUGUGAUUCAUACACACAACACACCCAUAUGCACACAUUCACACAAACACCAGUUGCACACCAGAGCAGUAGAGAUACACCACAAAACUGAAUUUUGUUUUCUGGUUGACUUUACAGCGUGAAUCCCAAGAACCCCCAAAAGGUAGGUCCCACCAUCCUUCCCAUUGGAGCUGCUCCUACGGAGAAUCUUCGCUCCUCCCAAACCAACCACACUUUCACAGGAAUCAUCUCUUCCUCCUUUUCUUUCUCUUCAAACAACCCACUUCAGAAGAGAGAGAAAUUUUCUUAUUUUUUUUACCUUUAUUUACUCUUCAUUUUGAUUUGGCAAAAAGAAAAUAAAAAAAAAAGGGGUCUCUAAUUUUCUCUUUUUUUGGGUUAAAAUUAUAAUAAUGAUUAUUAUUGUUGGGAUUUUUUUAGUUAUAUAGCCAAUAUAGGUGGUGUUUUUGCAUCAACAUUUCUGACAAUUUCUUGAGGCUACUUAAAAGAAAAGAAAGAUUGUACCACAUUUUUUUGGGCCUAGUUUUUUUCAGCAGGCUAAGUUAACAUUAUAAUUUUCAAGGGACGACGAAAUCUUGGAAAUGCUUAUCUCUUAUUGAAGAACAUCAGCUUCUGUUUUGAGUUAGUGAGUGGGGGUAUAUUUUGUUUGAUAAGGCUUCUUGGAACUUUGUAGAAGAAGUGGGGUUUUUGGCUGAUAAAUGGAUGAUGCAGUUUUCCAUUCUAGUGUAGCAGUUGGAGCUCCAUCAAGUUCUGCAAUGGAACUUGAUUAUAUGGAUGAGCUCUUGUUAGAGGGAUGUUGGUUUGAAGCAUUUGAUGGCUCUAAUUUCUUUCAGCAAAAUGUUUCGACUUCUGGUGCUAUAUUUGAUUCUUCGUAUCUAUGGCCGAUGCUAGAGGUGACAGAUGAAAAAUCGAGCAUGAACUCAUCACAGAAAAGUGGCCAUCAAGCGAGGGAAACUUCCGAAAUGGUUGAUAAUUCACCUCUAGUUGAUACCCAAAUGGGAGCUCUAGUCAGCAUGUCUAAUGGUCAGGGUUUGGUUAAUAUUGCUACUGAUUCAAAUCAGUUUGACAAGUUCUGUGAUGAAGGUUCUGAGCUCAACAAACUGUUGUGGAUCAAGCCAGGGUUAAAUAAAGCAGCAUCUUCUGUAAUGGAAAGGUUGUUUAAGGCUCUUGGCUACAUAAAAGAUUCAGCAAAAGGCAAAGAUCUUCUCGUCCAAAUAUGGGUGCCGGUUGUUAGGGGAAGUACUCGUAUUCUGACCACUGUUAAUCAACCUUUCUCAAUCAACUCUGGCAGCUCACAACUUGCUAGUUACAGAAACAUUUCUACCAAUUAUGAGUUUGCAGCAGAGGAAGACUCCUGUGUGUCAGUAGGUUUGCCUGGGCGGGUUUUCUUGGGUAAAGUCCCUGAAUGGACUCCUGAUGUUCGAUUCUUCAGGGUCGAUGAGUACCCACGAGUUUCUUAUGCUCAGCAGUGCGAUGUGCGUGGGACUCUUGCUCUCCCAGUUUUUGAGCAAGGUAGCAGGAACUGCUUGGGUGUUAUUGAGGUUGUCAUGACCACUCAGAAGGUCAACUAUCGACCUGAUCUUGAAAGUGUCUGCAGAGCUCUCGAGGCUGUUGAUCUUCGAAGCUGUUCCGAAAUUCCAGGUCCUCAGAAAUCAAAGGAGUUCUGCAGUUCAUACCAAGCUGCCUUACCAGAGAUCCUGGAGGUAAUAAAAUCUGCAUGUAGUAGUCAUGGGCUUCCUCUAGCCCAAACCUGGGUCCCAUGCAUCCAACAAGGCAAAGAGGGGUGUCGACACUCUGAUGAGAACCUUUCCCGCUGUGUGUCCACCGUUGAUUCUGCUUGCUUUGUUGCUAAUCCUUAUAUGCAAGACUUCCAUGAGGCUUGCUCGGAGCACCACUUAUUUAAAGGCCAAGGUGUUGCUGGGAAGGCAUUCAUGACAAAUCAACCAUGCUUCUCAGAGGACAUAACAACUUAUUCUAAGACGGAGUAUCCACUUUCACACCAUGCUAGGAUGUUUGGGCUUUGUGCUGCUGUUGCUAUUCGCCUUAGGUGUAUCUACACUGGUAAUGCCGACUUUGUGGUGGAAUUCUUCCUGCCUACUAAUUGUAGGGAUCCUGAAGAGCAAAAGAAAAUGCUUACUUCACUUUCAAUCAUAAUACAACGGGUUUGUAGGAGCUUGAGGGUUGUCAGUGACAAGGAGAUAGAGCAAGAAACAUUAAUGCUGAAUGAUUCACUCCAUAGGAAUAAGGUGUUAAAGGUGGAAGAUACUGUGUCAGCUUCGUCUCAGGAAGAGUCGUGUGGGACUGCUCUCCAGGAAAGAGAGAGAACUAGAAGUCUCUCAGUUCCUCAAGAAGAUCAACAAAGGGAGGUUUUAGCUGGGAAAGUGUUGAACCAGCAUCCGCCACAAUCCUACAUGAAGGGAAGUCCAGGCAGUCUAGAUAAUUCUGCAAUUGGUGAUGGGAGUUUCUCAACUUCUGGAAAACCAGGGGACAAAAAGAGGGCCAAGGCAGAGAAAACUAUUACAUUGGAAGUUCUUCGUCAGCAUUUUGCUGGCAGCCUAAAGGAUGCUGCAAAGAGCAUUGGAGCAGUCUGCCCUACCACUUUGAAAAGGAUAUGUAGGCAGCAUGGGAUCAAACGGUGGCCUUCCCGAAAGAUAAAGAAGGUUGGUCACUCUUUACAGAAGCUUCAAGUUGUGAUUGACUCAGUUCAGGGCACCUCUGGUGCUUUGCAAAUUGGCUCGUUCUAUUCAAACUUCCCCGACUUGGCUUCCCCAAAUUUCUCAAAUACUAGCCCCUUUUCAAAUUCUAAGCAAACUGAUCCUCCGCAACAAACAAAGGAGCUCGAGGGUACUGCUACAUCAAAAUCUCCCACGUCCUCCUGCAGCCAGAGUUCAAGCUCAAGCCAGUGCUGCUCAUCCGGGGCUCAGCAGCAGCCUUCUACAGGUAAUAAAGCCUCUGGUAAGCAGGAUCCUCAAGCGGGAAUUACCUUGCGUGAAGGUGCUUUAAAACGAACAAGAAGUGAAGCAGAGAUUCUUCGCACUCCUAAUCAAAAUGCUGCAAACAACACAUCAAGGUCCCUGAGCCAAAAAUCUCUGAUUGAGCUGCAAAAUAAUAUUGAUGAUCGUCCGCGUGUUCCAAAAUGUGGGGUCCAGAUGAUCCAAGUAGAUGAUUCUUUGAGGGUCAAAGUCACUUAUGGAGAGGAGAAGAUCAGAUUUCGCAUGCUUAGGAGUUGGGGGUUCAAAUAUUUAGUGCAGGAAGUAGUUAAGAGAUUCCAUAUAGGUGAAAUGAGCGGUUAUCAGCUGAAAUACUUAGAUGAUGACUCCGAUUGGGUGUUGUUAACAUGUGAUGCAGAUUUGGAAGAAUGUGUUGAUAUAAGUCAAUCAUCUCAGCGGCAGACUAUCAAGCUCACUCUCCAAGUCUCUCAUAGUCAUUCAAGAAGUUCUGUUGCAAGCAACGGCCACUUAUGACAGUUGCCACCCACAUAAGAAGUCGAUGUAUGUAUUAGUGUUGAGGCUUUGGUAGCUUAAUGUAGUUAUUGGAUUUCCAAAGAAACAAGAUAAAAGCAAGACAAGCAAAAAAGGAAACCGUCUCAUGAGAAUUUUCGUUCUCAGGGUUGCUGCUGGAUGGAACGGCGAGUAGAUGUUAAGCUGAAUCACAAUAUUCUUGUAGCAAUUUUUAUCAUUAGUCUGUAAUAUAUGAUACCUCAUACAUUCAAAGCAAAAGCAUAAGCAUAUAAAGCUUUAUAGGUAUGAAGGUCAUAGUUACCAAAUUUGUUGUAUCUUUGCCUGUAUGUUUUUAUUUAAGGCAAUGAACCUUGAUAUGCUCUCAGCAAACUGUACCAUAAAUUUCCUCAAAUUUUCCCUAUAUUUUUAAUAUUAUUAUUUUUUUAUGAAAGUAGACUGUACCAUAUGUUUUAUAGAUUGUAAAGUAUAAUGUUUGAAGUUUA